AUGAAGGAAGAAGUACAAGUCAUUAAACCACCACUUGAUAAAAGAGAAUACAAGAUUAUUAAACUGGAAAAUGAAUUAGAGGCCUUGUUGGUGAGCGACCCUGAAGCAGCACAAGCAGCAGCGGCUAUGGAUGUCAAAGUGGGUCACUUUUCCGAUCCUUGUGAUUUUCCUGGAUUGGCUCACUUUUGUGAGCAUAUGUGUUUUUUGGGCUCUUCUAAAUAUCCAAAAGAAGGAGAAUAUCAGGAUUUCGUAAAGAAUAAUGGUGGCUUUACGAAUGCAUUUACUUCAACAGAGAACACAAACUUUCAUUUGUCAAUUUCUAAUGCUCAUCUUGAAAAAGCAUUAGAUAUGUUUGCACAAUUCUUUAUUUCUCCAUUAUUUACAGAGAGUGCAACAGAAAGAGAAAUGUUAGCUGUCGACAGUGAAUUUAAAAAGAAUUUAAAUGAUGAUCAAUCAAUGAAACUUUGUGUUAUUGGACAAUAUCCAAUAUCACAACUUGAAGAGUGGGUUAGAAGCAAGUUUGCAGAUAUUCAAAAUACGAAAGCUACAACUUCAAGCUUUUUUCCAAUGAAUGUAAAACCCUACAGCAAGAAUGAAAUUUCAAAGUUUAUUAGGUCAAAGAGCAUUUCUGAUUUGAGACAGUUGUCACUCAUAUUUCCCGUUCAACUUACUCUUCCAACUGUUGAUGGAAGGCACAUUGCUUACAAGUUUAAACCUGAAAAAUACGUUUCUCAUUUGAUUGGACACGAGUGCAAAGGUUCUCUAUUUUCUUUGUUAAAGAAGAAGGGAUGGGCUUCUUCAUUAUCAGCUGGACCUUAUGCAAGAUUUGGUGGCAAUAAUUGUGUUGAUUUACAAAAAGAGGAUAGCUUCCUUUUAUAUUCUGUAAAUAUUGAGCUGACUAUUGAAGGCGAAGACCAUAUAUAUGAAAUUGUUGAAUAUUUAUUUGAAUAUAUUGAUUUGAUCAAGUCGAAGCAAGGAAUCCAACAAUGGGUGUAUGACGAGGUAUCUCAUUUGGCAACGUUGGCUUUUGUCAAUCUAGAGUAUCCUAGAUCUCUCCAGUUUGCUAGUGACAUGGCGCAAAAUUUACAAAAGUAUUUGCCUUCUGAUGUAAUUUCUGGUGUUCAUAUUUUCGAUUACAACGAAGAGCUAAUCAGAGAAUGUUUAAACCAACUUAACCCAUACAACUUCAACAUGUAUUUCCGUAAACCUAGUUUUGAAAAUAUAGAUUUUGAAGAAGAAAAAUGGUACAAAACUCAAUACUGUCUGCAAGACCUUCCACAGGAAUGGCUAGAGAAGCUUUCAAAGGUUACACAUUCAACAACUGAACUCACAUUCCCUGCGCCAAAUCCGUUUAUUCCAGAAAAUUUUGAUAUUAAGGGAACAAUUACUAACACUUCCAAUGAUGACGGACCUUCCAUUUUGUACCAAGCUCCUGACAAUAAGAUGAAGGCAUGGUUCAAACAGGAUAAUUAUUUUGGAACACCACGAGGAAAUAUUUUUUACAAUGUCAUUCUCCCACAAACCAAGUCAGACCCUCGUACAGUUAUUUGCUCAGAAAUGUAUUGUGAAAUGGUUACAGACUAUUUGAACGAAGAUCUUUAUUUUGCAGAAGUUGCUGGUUUAACUUACAGUUUAUCGACCAAUGCAACUGGCCUUAAUGUGCUGCUAUUAGGGUAUAAUGACAAACUUAAGGAUCUCAACAACAAGAUAUUUAGAGACAUGGUGUCCGUCGUUGACAAUAAGCUUCUCAAAUUGGAUAGAUUUGAAGUGAUCAAGGAAAGGUUGACAAGAACUUAUGCUAACUUUAAGUUUGCUCAACCAUAUGAACAUGCAGUUAUUGAGGCUCAUAGACUUCUUUUUCAAAAAAAGUUUUGUUCAUUGGAUUAUAUUGACAUCAUUGAUACCAUUGAUUUUGAAGAUUUUUAUAACUUCAUUAAGGUUUGGUUUAAGACUCUCCGAGUGGAAUUAUUAAUACAUGGAAACUUUACUGCACAAGAAGCAUUGGAGAUAUACUCUGCAACUGAGAAGAUUUUGUUCGAUAGAAGUGUAAAAGUGAUGGUUCCUUUAUCAAGUCAAGAACAUAGAGAACAUAUUGUUCAACUUCCAACUGGAACGGACAUCAUAUUUCCAAUAUCAAAUUACAACUUGAAUAAUCCUAAUCAUGCCCUAGAGAUUGUGUACCAAUUAGGACAGCGCUCAGUUGAGUUAGAUGCGAUGGCGGAACUAUUUAACCAAAUCAUUAGUAACCAAUAUUAUCUUGUCUUGAGAACAGAAAAACAAUUAGGAUAUAUUGUGCAUUCGAGAGUGAGAUUUGAUCAUAAUAUUUGUUCUUUUAGUUGUAUCGUUCAAUCUCCAUCCCACAACCCUAAUGUAGUGUUAAAAGAACACGAUCAAUUCUUUGUGAACAUUAAUGCACUAUUGUCAUCAUUGACUGAGAAAGAUAUUAAAGCACAUCUUGAUGCAUUAAUUUCCAAAAUAACCGAGAAGGAAAAGCAAAUGAAAAUGGAAUCUGCUAGACACAUGGCUGAAAUUACCAAUCGUCAAUACAAGUUCGACAGAAAGCUUAAAAAGUAG